UCGAUACUUGAUAUUACGGUACCACAUGGUAACGGAGGUAAAAUGGCGUUAACCGUUCCUUGUGUCGCUGUGAGAGGUUCCAUCGGGGUCAGUUUAGGACAAGGCCCGCCAUCGUACGAACCAGUUAAAUCAUUUCCUAAGGAUGACAGUAAAACAUGUAAAGCAAUGAUUUUUAGUCCAGAAGGACGUUACUUUGCAUGGGCCAAUGGGGUGACUACCAAAAUUGUGGAUUGUAAUACAUGGAAAAUUAUAUCGGAGAUCAAAAGACCCAAAAUCUUUUCAAUACAGUUUUCCACUAAAGGCACAUAUUUUAUGACAUGGGAACCUUUCAUGGUGGUACAAUCAAAUCCACAAGCAUCACCAAAUCUUCAUAUAUGGAAGUCAGAGAAUGGAGAAUUAGUGAAGGGUUUUAUACAGAAGAAACAAACAGAUUGGCAGCCCCAAUGGUCAAGCGACGAGAAAAUCUGUGGGAUGAUAAUUGGUGCAGACGUCGUUCUGUACGAGGAUGCCAAUUUUCAAAAAGUUGCUCACAGAAUAAACAUAGCCAAAGUUGCUAGUUUUAGUAUAUCUCCCAUUUGUUCCACGUAUUAUAUUCUCUGUUAUAUGCCUGGAAAGCCUGGUCAGCCUUCAUUCGGCAGAUUAUUUCAAUACCCUGAUUUUGAACCUACACGUGCUGUGGCAAAUAAAAGCUUCUUCCAGGCGGACAGAGUGAAUGUUUACUGGAAUAACACCGGAGCGCAUGCUUUAUUGCUGACAAGUACAGAGGUUGAUAAGACAGGCGCUUCGUACUAUGGAAAACAGACGUUACAUUAUCUUAAUACAAAAGGGGAAACUGCUAUGCUUAUGCUUAGUAAAGAAGGUCCUAUACACGAAGUACAAUGGUCUCCAAAAAACAAUGAAUUCUGUGUAGUUUAUGGUUUCAUGCCAGCCGAAGCCACAUUAUUUAAUCUUAAGUGUGAGAAAAUAUUUGAGUUCGGUGCCUUGCAUCGGAACAGCAUUUACUAUAAUCCACAGGGAAAUAUUCUUCUAUUGACUGGAUUUGGUAACCUCCGUGGUCACGUCGAGUUAUGGGAUAUCGAUACGAAAAAAUUAAUUGCUAAAGCAGAAGCUCCCGAUACCACGCUUCUUCAGUGGUCUCCAGAUGGAGAACAUUUUAUGACUGCAACCACAGCACCGAGACUUCGAAUGGGUAACGGAUUCAAAAUCUGGCAUUACAGUGGAACAUUAUUAUACGAGCGACCAUGGAAUGAACAAGAGGAACUUUGGGAAGUACUUUGGCAGACUUUCCCAUCAAGCACAUUUCCAGAGAAAACAAUCAGUUAUAAAGCUGUUGAGGGUAUUGCUCCUAGCCAGCCACAAGCUUCAAAACAAGCAUAUCGACCACCUUCCGCCAGAGGAGAAAGUUUACCUUUCGCAGUACCUACCUAUCCUUUUGGGAAGACGAAAAAAGCUGCAAACAAAACGAAGCAAAAGACAAAGAAAGACAAGAAGGACUCGGAAGCUUCUGCAUCUAUCGACACAAGUACAAAUGGACAAGUUACUACGAGCACAAAAAAUCAAAGCUUAACUUCUGGAAAUGUUCCUGAAAUCGAUGAGGUGGAAAGAAGUAAAAAAUUCAAAAGAAUUAAAGCGAAAUUAGAUCAAAUUACAAAAUUAAAAGAACAAUUAGAGGCUGGGAAGAAGUUAGAAAUCAAUCAAUUGGAGAAGAUAAAGAAAGAAGCUGACUUGUUGAAGGAAUUCGAAGAGCUAGCCUUAUGAUGAACAUUUUACAUCGCGGAUAUGUACGGUUAACAAAAAAAAAGAAAAAAAAAAGAAAAGUCCGAAUAUUUGUCCUGAAAAAUGGAAAAAUGAUCUCGGUCCAUCGUUUACAAUAUCGUACGUACGAAAGAUACGUUUGGCUGAAUAUAAAAGUUUUCAUUCUGCGAAGAGAUAGUGGGAACAAGAUAAAUUUCGACAGUGGAUUAAGGGACACGUUUCCACAUUAUCGAGGUUGUCAGAAUUUAAGACACGAUCACAUAAAUUUUAUUUGUAAGCGAUGGCAGGAAGAAUGCAAAUGGUCCAUCAUCACGCCUUUUCCUUAAUAACGAAGGAGAAAUCAUUUCCUCUUUCUCAAGAGACUUUUCAUUUUAAGUGACAUUUUUAAUGUUGAAGAACGAUGAUAAUGUCGGCCGACGAUUAUCAAGCUUCUUCCAUAAUCUCAGAUAAAGAUCGCGUAUACACAAUAAGAAUGAACAUGAUUUAAUACAAAAAGUAUCUCGUUGGUAUUAUAUUGGAUAUGUAAGGGAUUAUAUAGAGUAUAUAAUCACAUGGGGGUCGCGAGAUGAAAAAACUAAUGUAAUUGUAAAAUUUAAACGCGCAGAAAAAUUUGUUCCUGGUUGCAGGUGCUAUAAUUUCAAUUAGUAUGUUUAGAAAUUACUGUUCAUUGUUUUUUUUUUCAUCUAACAAUUCACGAAUAUUUAGCGGGGAUCAGAAAUGGACAUAUCAUUUUUUGUGACUUAAUUAUUAUGAAAGUCAUUAGCACACUGCUGGUACCUUUGGGAAUAUAUUUCGUCGUUGUACACGAUAUUUUUGUUUUUGUGCCUUGCUUUGUUUUUUAACGGUUCAAAUUUUUAUAUUUUCCUUGCUAUUGAUGAUUACAAGACUGGUCAAUCGGAAUAGGAUUACCUGGGUACAGUUUAAUAAUUAAGUGGAAAGAAUUGCCAAAAAAAAGAAGAAAAGAGAAACAAUGGUUAAGCGUUGUUUU